CCAUAAAGACAAAGCCCGCCGUUACUCGAAAAAAAUCCAACGGCAUAACUUGGAAUGGAGAUACAAUUACAACGAAUUUUGCUUAUUUUAUUCUGCGUAACUGAUAUUUGAUUGUAUAUAACGUUUAUAGGAGAUUUAUAAUGCCUGUCUUUACAAGAUCUGGUCGCAAAAAAACGAAUAGAACGUGCAUUGAAGACCCAACUCCUCAAACAGAGAGAAGGGUCCGUCGAGCAACCGCAACAACGGGUCGACGGAACGUAAGAAUAUCGACUAAACGAAAGCUUUUAGAGGACACAAACGAAUCUGAGCCACCAAGCAAGAAAUCUAACACUUCGAAGCUUACCGAGAACUCGACUCCAAAGCAGAAUAGCGCUAUUUCUGCACGAACAAGGUCUUGGGGUUCCCUGAAAAACAGUUUGCACAAGAAAAAGCUUGCAUUACAGAAAGAAACAGUGGAAAGUGAAGGAGAGGAUGUUGCAACAAGCACUGUUGAUAAAUCGGAAGAGUCAACAUGCAAGACAUGCAGGGCUACCAGAAGUAUCAAUAUACUUCUUGCUAAAGUGACAGAAUCUUCUACUCCUCAAGACUUGAGUGUGAGCUCCUCGUCACCUUGUAAAGAACAGGAUGGAGAGGAUUUGGAUGAGGGAGGUGCUGGAGAUGAUAUGUGCUCAUCUGAGGGUGCUAGUAAUGAUCAGAGCAAAAACAUACCAGGCUCACCUGCUAGAUGCACUCCAAAGAGCACAAUAUCUGCAAGAACUAGGUCUUGGGGAUCCUUAAGAAACAGCUUACACAAGAAGAAGCUUGCAUUACAGGAAAAUGAAUUAGAUAGCAAUAGGGAAAACAUUGCUGCUGCUGUGCCUGAAAAGUCAGAAGAGUCUGGCUCACAUAGAGUCACCAAAGGAAAGAGAAAAAAACCUGGCUUGGACAACAAGCCACCAGACUUGGAUGUUAGCUCGUCAUCAAUUGCUGAUGAGGAACAGGCUAACGAAGACCAAAGCAGUGAUUUCUAUAAGGCAAAACUUUACCUACUGCUAGAUGCUAUGAAACAGAUCCAGUCAAACUUCAAGAAAGCUCAAGAAAAUGCCCAAGGCAGCCUUGGUACAUAUGAUGCAUUUAUCUGUGAGUUGAAGAAGAACCUAUCCACUGAGAGGGAAAGGGCAGAUGGUCUUGAAGAAGAGCUGAAAAGAACACGAGGAGAGUUGAUUGAAGCAAGAAAGGAACUGGAGCUUGCCAAGUCUUCCAUUGCAGAUCUCGAGCUUGCAAAGUCUUCUAACACAGAGCUGGAUCUCACAAAGUCACCCAGAAGGGAACUAGAGUUUGCAAACUCUCCAAAUGUAACACUUCAAGAAAACAAUAAAGCAAGCAUUAGAGUUGAAAUAUCUCAAGAAUCAGUCAUGGAACGAUCACAAGCCCAGCCAUCUGAGAGCACAAGCGCAGAUAAAACCAUGAUCAAGUUCUACUCCAUGCUGACAGGAAUUUCCUUGACAAAUGAUGAUCCCACAGCUAAACUUUAUGACUGCUUUCACUGUGAAUAUCAACUGAAGGGAAAGAAGGACAGAAUUGUGAAAUUCCGUCUGACCCUUGAUAAAGAGUUUGAUGAGGUGGAAUACAGUCCGAUUGCCCAAAGCCCGGAGGAGAAAGAACUUGUUAGUGCAUUUCCAGACUACCUGCAGGAUGUCAUCUAUUUCCCAGCAGAUCAAGCACCAAGAUUUCUUGUCAAAGUACUAAAAUCAGUACAAGACCUGUGAGGCAUUUGCUGUUUCAAUAAGCUGUGCACAUGGUACAGGCCAAAAGACAGUACCAAUAGUAUGUGUCUUUAAAAGGUCCAUUUGACCAUUUCAAAGACCUAUACAUGGAGUUACUUAUCUGUGAAAAAAAGGACAAAUUUGCGUUACGUUCAUCUUAUACAGAAGAUAAACAUUGGUUGAAACAUACUUUUUAGUCUGAUGAUUUGUAGUUCCUGAUAAUAAGCUGAUGUUAAUUAAUAUUUUAGCCACAUCUAUCGCGAACAAUCAUGUCAAGUCUCGAAAAUGAAAUAAAAACAAAGAGUAUGACUGACUUUA